GGUGGCCAGACCUCAGUGCAUGUCAAGCUUCGAGAGGAGGUAGACGCUCGCGGUUGUUCCUCCUCCCCCAAAGCCUCUCGAAUUUCCAGGAACUAGUAAAGGACUUCCACCGUAUUCCGAACUUUCUACGAAAUACGCCCGUGGUUCUCUGUGCAUCUUCGUAUUAUCAAAUUCUCCUCCUCCUCCUCCUCCCCCCCUAGCGGUUGUCGUCGAGAGUUUUUUUCGUCGUUUUUUGUUUUUCUUCGUCAUCUGAGAAUCGACCCGCCGACCGACCGACUUAAGAAGGAUGACGCCUUUGUGAUUGGAGACGAUAAGCGAGAAAGGGAGGAAGCGGCACAAGAGGUUCCGUGAAGAUGUACACCUUAACAGCAUGGGGGAAGGUGGGCGUGAUGGCCAUCGGCGCGGGCGUGGUAGCUCUCGCGGUGGUGCUGGUGGUGUGUGUGGUUGGCCCAGGGUGCUGGCUCAACACCAUUUUCCUGAAUGACGAGGAGAGGCGGCGGCGGGAGAAGGAACGCCAGAGUAUCUUCCGCAGCGAAGCCCCGACCCUGCGCCUCACCACAUCUGCUAAGAGUCCUGAAGAUGCACCCAAGUCCGACCUUACUCUGGCGCAUACGCCUAGCCAGACGCCCACCAACACCAAGUACACCUACAUGAGCCCUGUGCACGGGACGCAUCCCGAGACCUCCUCCCUCCUCGGCGCCCUCUCCUCCAAGCGAGACUCGACCUACUCCUCGAUGUCGGAGUACAGCGGCAGGACCUCGCCGACCAACUCGUGCAGGAGCAGCGUGGGCGACAGUGUGGGCAGCGGCGUGGGGAGUCCUGUGGGGGGAGAGGCUCAGGGUCACCUCUCCUUCGGGAUCCAGUACAUCCCGACAGGUCAAGAUGCCAACACGGGCAAACUCGUUGUCACUGUCAUUGAAGCACGAGGACUGGCAGGCAAGGAGUAUUUAGGAAACGCCUGUGAUCCUUACGUCAAAGUGGUGCUGUGGAAGGAACGGCGCUCCAUCAGGAAGCACAAGUCGCCGCCACUGCACGUGUUUCGGACGCGGACGGUUCGGCACACCCAGGACCCGAGCUUCAAUCAGUCGUUCGUUGUAGAGGCUUCGAAGAGCGAGCUGAAGGAACUCGUCGUGAAAUUGGUGGCGAUGGACACGGACAAAUGGGCGAGUCCAAGUACGGUGGGGGAGGUCACUCAGCCACUCAGGGACAUCAAGAACUUGGCUGCCCUCGAACAGCGGACCACCCUGAGCUACUUCCUCGAACCUCCCAAGCUGGAACUAGGUGAGGUUCUUUUCGGUCUGAGCUAUCUCCCCACGGCGCAGAGGCUCUCGGUGUCUGUCUUAAAGGCCAAUAACCUACAGUACAGCAGUGUAGUGGACGACCUUAAGGAUUUUUGUCCCUACGUGCGCGUCCUACUCAUCAGCGGAUCCGGACGAGUGCUCAAGAAGAAGAAGACCACGUGGCGAUCCGGAACUGCUUCGCCUGUGUGGAACGAGACGCUGAUCUUCGAUUUGGCUCAGACGCAGGUUGAGCACGUGACCUUCCUGCUGGUGAUGUGCACGAGGCCCCAGCUGCCCGUGACCCCCACGAGCUCCGACGCCUCCAUCCACUCCGGCAGCGACGUCCUUCACGACUACCAGGGCGUGCAUGAUCUCUCCCUCUCGUCGUCCCCGCUGCACGACCAGCAGGGCCACAAGCGCGACAGAUACGUGGGCAAGCUGGCCCUCGGAUGCAAUGUCCGCGGCGAUGAACAGAGGCAGCAUUGGCUCGCCAUCUUGGCCAGCCCGCGCAAGGUGGUGUCGCUGUGGCACUCCUUGCGGUAGAUCCUUUUACUGCGUCUCUUAAACCCGUUUUUUUUUCUGUUUCUUUCUCUCGAAUCCGUUUUUCUUUCUUUCUUUCGAAUCUGUUUUCUUUCUCCUCUCGAAUCCGUUUUCUUUCUUUCUUCUUUCGAAUCCGUUUUCUUUUUUUCUUCUCUCGAAUCCGUUUUCUUUCUUUUCGAAUCCGUUUUCUUUCUUUUCGAAUCCGUUUUCUUUCUUCUCUCGAAUCCGUUUUCUUGACCUCUUCUUGACCUCUCUUUCUAUCAUGUAAGUCCGUUUUCUCUUUUCUUCCUGUUUAUUGGCAUUCUGGUACUUCGGGAUAUGGGAUUAAAGAUUUUAUUUUGAUUUGGAAAGACAACGAGAUACUGUCUAUGCGCACAAUGAAAGAAAUUUAAUUGGCUUCGGAAACUGCCUACAAAGGAUUUACG